GACCGCCACACGCAAGCGCAAGCGAAAGAACACACCUAUGUCCGACUCCACCCUCACCCCCACACCCUCUGCUGGUGCUGGUGCUGCUUCCUGUCCGGGGCUGGGGUCAUGGCUGGCUCACGAGGAACGGGGCGCAAGAGGGCGGCGACAGGCAGAGGUGCAGGCAAGAGUCGGCGGAUCAACACCAGGGAGAUGGAUCUAGAGGCGGCGCUGAAGGCGUCGGCGGAAGAGGCGGCGCGGGCGGACAAGUUGGAGAGCGUGCGGGCAAAGGAGGCAAAGGCUCGGCGUGAGGCGCGGAAGAGGGUCCGAUCCGAGGGCUUGCAUGUGGUGACACCGGCGACGCUGGCUGGCGAGAUGGCGAGCGCCACGGGCAGAUUCAGGCUGUACUACAUGCGGCAGAUGGGUCUUAUUCUAGAGCACGUUGUCCCGACCUGGAUGCAUGUGCUGAGCCCUGCUGAGGUCGACAUUGCCCGCAAGUUCGUGACUGGCCUCACCUCGCCGGCGCAGCGGUUGUUUGUCCGCCUUUACCUCCGCAAGGGUCCCUGGUUCACCCUCAACGCGUGUAUGCAAUACUCGGAGCUAGUCCUUCCUCCGCCAGCCGACGACGGCCUCGUCGAUGCGCUGGCGGUACAGGCUGCGGUGGAGGCUGCCGGCGCCGAGCUCGAGGACGCCGGCUUUGCGCUCAAGGACUUUGCCGGCGAAGCUAGCGUCGACGAGCUGAUAGGCGCACGGAGUAGAGUCGAACUGGAAGCGUUUGUGGUCGAGGCACUGGGAGCAGGGCCCAGCCUGGCGCGGAGCGAGAAGCGAGCCGGGCUGGAGGCGAUGGUGCGGCGGGAGGCUCACGCGCGCGACCUGCUUGUCGCCCAUCGGAGCCAGCCCGAGUGGGUCAUCCGGCUCGCACCCGAGGUGACAGCCGUCUUUGACCUAUGCCAGUUUCUGUUCCAGCUCCGCGACGCGCGCGACCGCGACGCGAUGACCUCGCUGACUCUAAUGGCGAUGCGGCAGGCGCGGUUUGCCCAUCUCCCGCUGGAGCCGCUGCCGACAAGCGUGCCGGUGCGCGGGCGGAGUGCGGUCGUCAUGGACGACGACGGCAAGGCGCGGAGCGCGUCUGGCGCGUCGGCGGCGCGAGCCAUCUUUCCUACACGGCACGCGCUCGACGCCUUUAUGGCGCUGCAGGCCAGCGUGGCAAGUGUUGACGGCGCCAAGACAAUGACGCCUGACCUGGCGGCGCUCGUCGAGGCGUCACAACUGUGGCUCGAGGCGCACGCAGGACGGUUUGCGCGCAAGCACAGCGGGCCUCCGCCAUUUGCGCUCCGGUACACCGCCGGAUGGCAGCACGCGCGGCUGCUGACGUACGGGACGCGGGUGCUUGAGCGCGAGGGCCGGUAUCGCGAUGCCGUCGCCGCACUCCGGCUCCUCCUCAGCCUCAACGGGCUCUGUGUCCAUCGGCGCGGCGAAUGGUGGGAACGGCUGGCAACAGACCUAGUCCACCUCAAGCGGCCACAGGAGGCACUCGACGCGGCGGUGGCCGGCCUCGCGGAGCGUUGGGUGGUGUUUGGCCAUCGGUUUGCGCUGCAGAAGCGUGUGGCGAGCCUUGCCAAGCCGCCGCUGGUGUACUCUGCGGCGCGCCUGGCGAGUGUCCGGGCGCACUUUGAGGAGCUGGCCGAGCCAAGCACGCGCACGAUUGUAGGCGAGCUCGUCGGCGGCGGGGCAGGGUGGAGCGGGCGGAACGUGUGGGCGGCGGGGCCAACGAGCGAUGUGCCCGGCGCGCAUGUGAGCGUCGAGCAGGUGGCGCUCGACUGGUACGCGGCCAAGCUGGGGUAUGUAGGGCGGCACGAUGAGGGCACACUUUUGCGAUUGGUCUUUGUGCUUGUGCUGUAUGACGCACUGUUUGCGAGCGUCGACGGGGUGUUUGUGACGGCGGCACAGGACGCGCCGCUCGACACCCGCGACGCGCACUUUUACGCGCGGCGGGCCGAUGUCAUCGAGGCAGCGCUAGAACAAGUGAGUCGCCUUGGCGGCGAAGAGCUCGGAGCACACCUCGCGGUGGCGUAUGCAGCGCACGAGGGCAAGUGCGUGCGUGGCGCGGCGUGGGAGAGCGUGAGUGUGGACGAGGUGGUGGGCUUUGGGCGAGCGGCGCGCGGACCGGCCCUCGCGAGCCUGCUGCGGGCGAUGGCGAAGCACCGGGGGCGGGCGCUGUCGGCUCGGUGA